CUGUAUACAUAUACAUAUUUUUUUACUAUUCUUACUGUAAUAUAUAAAAUGGAUUAUACACCUAAACAGUUACAUUAUUUUAAACGAGAGUUGAUUACACUGCAACUAGAAAAGGAAAUCAACAAAUUGAUUGCUAGCCCGGAUCUUUCUUCUUUACUCGACACGCCUACAGGAGAUACGGAGUUUCCUUUCCUUCGCUACAUCUUUCAUAAUAUCAUCAUUGAGUUCCCACUUCUCAAGCAUACCUGUGAUGAUCAGUUUUGGCCUAAAUGUAAGCUCUUCUUGAACGAGUUUGGAAAGGUGGGAUUGGAUGGAUAUCAUGCACCUCGACACACGCAAGGUGCAUUACAACGUAAAGCAGUCAAACACAAGAUCCAAAAAUCGCUCGUCUUUGCUUUUUGUGCCAGCAUCAAGACCUUUCAAGGUGCAGAAGAGAGUAUGAAGGUCACCACACCACCACCACCACCACUAGUACAGGAAGGAACAACAGAGACAAAAUCAUCGUCCUCCUCAUCAACAAUCAAGAUCAAUAUUGUGACGGUAAGACAAGUCAAGGAAAAAAAGACGUUGCGCGAGAUAUCACAUGCCGAAUUCUUGAUAGAAACCGUUUUUCCUAACAACCACAACAAUGAUGAUGAACCCGUGUAUGUAGCACGACGUCAUGGUGAUUUUCGUCGUUUACGGGAAAGUUUACGACAGGAGUUUAAACAAUUGGAUAUUCCACCUGUACCAUCCAAAGCUCAUACAACGGACUCAAAAGGCUCUGGGUAUCGUGAACAUGAUCGACUUCUUUUACGUACUUGGUUACAUCAACUCGUGGGUGAAAAGGAUGCUACCAGUCCAUCACAGCACUUGAUCUCUCAAUCGUCACAAAGCUUGCGUCAAUUUUUGACGGAUAAUCCCAUCACUUUCACAAUGGCUGAGGAACAGGAUACAUUGGAAAGAGAGAAAUCAGAUCAACAACGUUGGUUGCAACAACAGGAUGCACAAAGGGAAUUAGAUCGUCGUGUGUUGGAAUUAGAUGAUACUUUGGAUGUGCUUAAAAAGCAAAUCCUACAACCUGGUGGUCUCAUUGGUAUCUUUAACACCAUCAAGUCUACAUCUCAAGUGGUUGAUUUACCUCCUUCUUUAAAAAAGGCCUUUGAAUGGGGUCGUAUCAACUUUGCGUUUGCGUUACAUCGUCAAUUUUUAACCUCAGAUAUAGCAGCUGAAAAUUACAACAAUUUACGUCGUACACAUGGCUUAAUGCCUUAUCGCACCAUGUCCGUCAUUUUAAGGUUCUCAAAUCCGAUGUUUAUGGUCAAGAGCAUUUUGGAUUUAUUCUUGGCACAACCCUUUGGAGGUCGCAGUUUAUUUCAACGCUUAAUUAUCUCUAAUAUGAAUGAAGAAUCCAAAGCCUUUCAAAAGGAUAUCGAGAUCCUCGAAAAGAAGAUUGGAGACAAGACUGUGUGUAAGAAACUGUUUAAUGCAGUACGUACACCCUUGGUAUCUGCGGGAGACAAGAGUGAGUUGUCAGGUUGGAUGGAAGUCUUGGCCUUACUUGAGAAUAAUGAGAUUGAACCUGUACUGUCUGCAGAACAAAUUGGAGUCAUUAUCAGCAAACGAAAGGCCAAAUGGAUGAAGCGUUGUUCUAGACUAUGGGAAUUAUAUGCACGUGUGUAUGAACAAGAAUUAAUGAUGAAUUUAGUGUUUCAAGGUGUGACGGGAGAUCUACUCAAGGAAUUCAUUGCGGUAUUCUACCAACCUUUAGCAGAAGUGUACAAGGCUGCAGAUAUUGGUACUACCUUACGUCAUGUCUCUGAUUUCCUGGAUGAUUUAAUUCUUGUCAUUGAUGGAUUAAAAGGAAAAGAAGGAGAGGUGUCAGAUACAGUACAAGCCUUUGUGGAUUUGGUCGCACGUCAUGAACAACAUUUUUAUGCGUUUGUACAUAAUGUUCAUAGCCAAGAAGCGUCCAAAGUAUUUGAUGAAUUGAUCCAUUAUGUGGAUGGAUUGUUUACAUUUAUGGCACAAGGUAUACCCGGUAAAAUCGAUAUGAAUCAUGGUGUGGAAAAAGCGGGUUUUACCAGGCCAAAAGAAAUCGAGUUAUUAGAGUAUGAAAUUGAUGCCAUUUGUGAAUAUCGAUAUAAGCAAAAGAUGUAUCGAUUUGAACGAACCAAACGCAAGCUCAUGAUGCAACAAGAACAAGUGACUGGAGAUGGAUUAUUAUCUAUUCGUGAACAAGAAGAAAAGGAGAUGCAUGAUCAAGUGUUUCAAUAUAUACCCAAAAGCAGUGAAAUGAUGAAUGCCAUUCAAGAUUAUCACGACUUUGAUGAUGAUGAUGAAGAAGAAGAUGAAGAAGGAGAAAAGAGAGAGAAUAGUGGUAGUGAGAGUGAUUCAGAUGCAGAGUCUUCUAUUCCUUCCAGAAGAAGUAGUAAAAGCAGUGGUAGUCAUGUCUCUCAUGCAGGUAUCGAUAAGCCUGUACUUACACUCCUACCUCAAAUCGUACCUUAUUUUGUAGACGAUGUUAUUGCCAUGAUGAGCAUAAAAAAGAUGUAA